CGGUGCCGAGAACCACAAAUUGCCGACCUUGACAUUGGCUGAUCUUGACAUAACGUCAAAAAGAUGGCCAGACCGGUGACCAAAUUCGUUAGACAAGUUUCCUUACUUUCAGAAACACAAAAUCUGAGAAAUCUAAAGCACGUGAAGAGAGUAACAUGUAUACGAUGUCAGCAUAUAGCAAAUCUAGCUGGUCAGAAGAAUGUGAAUAUACAACAGACCAGGACUUUCUUCACCCUUCCUGACCUGCCUUUUUCUGGUAAUGGAAACAAAAAGAAGGAAUACUCAGAAAGAAGACUACUUGGUUACUCAGACACACAAAUGUGGGAUAUUGUUGCGGAAGUUGAAAAGUACAACCAGUUUGUACCAUGGUGCACGCAGUCGAUUGUUACAAACCGCCGGCCUGAAGUUAUCGACUGUAAACUUCAAAUCGGAUUUCCUCCCGUGCAUGAGAGGUACUCUUCACGUGUGACGUUGGAUCGACCAAGUAUAGUAAAGUCUGUGUGUACGGACGGGCGGCUGUUCAGUCACCUGGUUACUAUAUGGAAGUUCAGUCCGGGAUUGCCUGAUCAACCUAACACAUGCACCCUCGACUUUUCUGUUUCGUUUGAGUUCAAGUCCAAGCUACAUUCACAGUUAUCGCAUAUGUUUUUUGACGAAGUGGUUCGUCAGAUGGUCAAUGCUUUCCUAAAGCGGGCCAAGGUUUUACAUGGGCCUGCAUCCAUCAAGGCCCAGAAACCCAAAAUCCUUGUGUACAACUCUUGAUGAUGGCUUUUGUUAUAAAAUUAAUUAUUGAUUUUUUUUCGUCAGGGAAAAUUCAAGGGGAAGGGCACUUAGUACUUGUUAUUGAAUGUUAUUGCUUUAGAAGGCCACAACAAUUUUUAUGCCCCCACAAAGUGGCGGCAUAUAGGGUUGCCCUUGUCCGUACGUACGUCUGUCCGUACGUACGUACGUACGUCCCGAAGAUUGUUUCCGAUCUAAUUCUUGAAAACCGUUUGUCCAAUCCUCACCAAACUUUAAACACAUGUUUGUGACCAUAAUAUCUUGAUCAAGUUCGAUAGUCAUGGAAAUCGCUUUAGUCAUUUAGGAGUUACGGCCCUUUUUUGCCAAAAAUACUUCAAAAAUAUAUGUUUCCAAUCUAAUUCUUGAAAAGUAUGUGUCCAAUCCUCACCAAACUUUACAUACAUGAUUGUGACCAUAAUAUCUUGAUCAAGUUUGAUAGCCAUGGAAAUCGCUUUUGUCAUUUAGGAGUUACGGCCCUUUAUUUGCAAAAAAAGACUUGAAAAAUACGUCCCGAAGAUUGUUUCAGAUCUAAUUCUUGAAAACUGUUUGUCCAAUCCUCACCAAACUUUAAACACAUGUUUGUGACCAUAAUAUCUUGAUCAAGUUCGAUAGUCAUGGAAAUCGCUUUAGUCAUUUAGGAGUUACGGCCCUUUUUUGCCAAAAAUACUUCAAAAAUCAUUAUGGCUUAUUUUCUGUGACAAAAAACCGAAGUGGGGGCAUCCGUGUCCUAUGGACACAUUUCUAGUUAUUUUUUUAUUUUUGUUUGAUGAAUUUUAGAUUAAUUUUGGCUGAAAAUUAUUGCAGUUGCUAGUGAAAAGAAACGACCAUUUUUCAUGAAGUUUAAAAAUAGAAGUUGUUUAUUUAUUGUAGUUAUUGAGAAUGGAAGUUAUCAGCAUUAUAUUAACACUUUAUUAUAUCUUUGAAGUAAAAUACUCCCAUGAUGUAUUACAUUGGCCAUUAUAUAUAAAUUGUGAAAUCCUCCAAAAAUCAUGAGUGACAUAAACACAUAUUUUUGCGUCAUUUGAAGCAACAAUGCAUUAAAAGAAAGUUUUUUCAGGUAUUACAUAUUGUCAAAACAUGACGAUUUAAACUGUAAAAUGCUAUUUAAGCUAUUUUGUAAGUCUAAUGAACAAAACACCAAUUUUCUGUAACUUAGACUGUAUGAUUAGAGAGAUGAAAGCAGGAAGGCUGUAAUUGCUUUUUAUAUUUCAUUUUAAUUGAUAAUAUAACUCAUAUAGCAAUCCUUAUUGUUAAAGACCCUUGAUAUGGUGAAAGGGGGUAAAAUUUGUUAUUUAUAAAUGUGUCAUAUUUUAUUGUAUACCCGGUAUGUCUUUAUUUUUCUCUCGUUUGUUUUUCAAAGAAAAAAAAAUACAGUUAUAGUCUAAGUAUCAUUGUCAUAUGCGUUGGUGUGCAAGAACUUUAAUCUUAAUCAUAGCUCAAAAAACAUUAAAAGUAUUCAAAUGAAACUUUGUACACUUGUUCCCAUUGACAAUGCACAAGCAUAUAGCAAGUUCUGUAACUCUGACUCUUUUAAUUGCCCCUGUAUAGGCUGAAAAAAAUCCUACAAAAACUUUUGAUGAAAAUAUUUCAAGUAGGCGUUGAACGUCUUCAAAAUAAGGGUUGAAAAGUCCAAACAGGCAGGGCUUGAAAAGCAUUAAGAAUAGUGGUUGAAAAGUCUAAGGGCUGAAAGGUGUUCGUAUUCAGAAGGGGUUGAAAAGUCAUGGUGUUUCCUCUGUUUUGGCCCCAAAACUUCAAAAUUGAAAUUGUUGCAUUUUAUCUGAUCUAUACAAAACAUGAUUAGUUUGUCUAUAGUGUGAUGGGCAUACUCCUAUUUUGUACUGGUGUCCUCUUUUUUACACAGUUGCAUUGGCAUCCAUAAUGUGUAGCAAUGUCCUCAGCUAUGGUUUGAACAAUUGUGGACUUAUGGCCCUUGUUUGACUGGAAAUAACAGAUGAGUGUUGCUUCUUCUUGCUGAGGUUUUAAUAAUACUGACUUUAACAGAAGUUUUAAUACACAACUUUAUUUUGUAGUUAAGUGUUUGUCUCAGAUAUGGGUACACUUGCCUACCGUUUGAUUCAUUUGUUUUAUAUUCAUGACAUAUUUUAUUCCAUUGCCAUUGCUUAGGGCAAUCUUAAAUAAUGGUUAUUUCAGUAGCGUGCCACAGACUUUUAAAAUAGGAUGGGAUUUUUUUUAAACUUAAGUUUUUAAUAUUUAAUAAAUGAAAAGCAUAUAACAGAAAUAUUUUUACUUGCUCUGAAUGUUUUUAAAUACCAGUGAGCCUUUCCAGCCAGUGCAAAUUACAAUUUUUUAGCUUAUCUGUUUUUGAAAGAACAAAAGCUCAGGUAAUGUCAUAGUCAUGGUGUAGAACUGUUGUAAAAUCUAAAAGCUUGGCCAUAACUCAAAAACAUUCAAAGGUUUUUAAAUGAAACUUUUUACAUAUGUUGCCAGAGAUGAUAAGGUUAUGAAAAUAAAAGCACAUAGCUCUUCCUUUAACAAUUGUUAUGCCUUUUUUUCAACUGCAAAAAAACAGACAAGCUUCGGGGUUUACGUCAUGGCUCUUUUUUAAAGGGACUAGACACCAGAUUGUUUCAAAAAUGGCAAAUACAUUAUUUCCACACGACAUGCCUACAAUUGUCAAUACAAGCUAGUAUGAGGCAGAUAAUACCUUAUUUAAAUGAUUAAAAGAAUAUUUUGUCGCUGUCUCAGCUGAGUAAACCCGUUUUAAAAUAGCGCAUAAUGGUUUCCCAGUUUAUAGUGUAUAUACAAAGUCAUGUAAUUACGCUGUGAAAGUCAUGAUAUUAGUACAUAAACAUAUAUAGACGCUACCGGUAUUUUAAAUUUACCGGUAUUUACGUGGUAGACAAACCAAGUCAAUUAGGAAUUGGAAAGAGAACAAGUAAAAACUCUGAAAGAUUCAUGUGUCAUAAGUGAUGUGAUACAUCAGUAAGUAAGGUUCAAUGUGCUGCACACAAUGAUAUCAAUUGUAUGUAAGUUUUUGACAUUUUUCUUUUUUCUUGCAAUUAUACCAUCUGGUGUCUAGUCCCUUUAACAUUUGCCAUGAUAACCCUGUCUUGUACAGCAAAAUAAACUGACUUUUUUGCUGGCUGUGCUGGUACUUGUUGUAAUUGUUUUAUAAUUGAAACGGUUUUAUUGUUUAACAAGUUAGAUAUUUGUAUUUCAUGUACAUUUAAAUCAGAAUUAAAACGUUUCGUAAGUGCACAUAUUUGUUUUAAUUUAAUUCAAGGAAAAAAAUUGAAUGAAAAGUGAGAAAUGAGUGAUGUUGAAGAAAUUGUUAAUAAGUUGUUACCAUAUUUGGUGUUAUAGAUGAAUUUCUGAAGAAAGAAUCAGAAAUCCAAAAUAAAGUAAUAAGUAAUUGCGCUGUUAUGUUUAAGUACAUUUUGAAUGUACAUGCUAAAAUAAAUUUUUAAUCCAA